CCGCUGUGAGCUCGCAGUCACACUUCACAAUGAACUCGUGAAGCUUUGCGAAUACAUAAACCUCCACACCUACCUUCCACCAUCCCCAGACCACGACGCUGUCAUAGAUCAAAGUGCCGACUGCAGUCCAUCAUUUGUCUCUGUAUUACACGAUUCAUAACAUCUUCCCUCGCAGGUAGGUAAGCAUGAGCCCCCUCCGCAAACAAAUGUUUGUGAAACUCCAGAGCUCCUCUUCCCGCAAGAAGAAGGUCGCGCAGGAGACGCCCACUACGAAGGCCGGCUCUUCAACCAGCAAUCGCGUUCCACGUCACUCAGCACCUUCACGUGCCACGGUCGCCAGCGGCGUUUCAAAGCCCAGCGUCGAUGCUUCCACCUCACCCGAAUUGCAGCUCAACCCCACACACCUACCGUCCUGGGCUGAAAUCCUCUCUUACGACCGCAUGGAAGCCGAACUCGAGCGUCUUCGGGCUGGACAGGGGCAAGCGGAGCAUAGUGCGUGGAUCGUGCACGAGAAGGCUGGUGCUGACCGAUCCCACACUGCGGGGGAUGCAGCGCCUUUUGUGCCGCUGAAUCUGAGGGAGGAGCAGGCAAAGAAGAACGAGGCUAAGGACAGAAAGAGGGAAGAGAGGAAGCCGGUUUGCCGAUACUGGAAGCGGGGCGAGUGCAAGAGUAGAGCGACGUGUGGGUUCGCGCACCCGGCGGAGAUGUCUGGUGUGGACAAGCCGCAGGGGCGGAGGGAGAAUAUGAGCGGUAGCUGGCGGAGCGGUGGCUUUGACCUGGUGACUGCCUGA